AUGGCAGUCAAAGCAAAGGAAAUACAAGAAAUUAAAAUGGAAACAAAAAGUGGAAAAAUAGCACUGCUGUACCUCAUGAGAAACAAGUACUUUUAUUCACUCUGUGAAGGCAGUACAGAAUUCUCUGACCAGUCACUUGCACAGAAAUUGGUGGUGGUGACUGCACUGAAGUCAUUCCAUGUGAAAUCCGACGCCCCCAGCGGGGAAACGAAACCGACGCCCCCAGCGGGGAAACGAAACCGACGCCCCCAGCGGGGAAACGAAACCGACGCCCCCAGCGGGGAAACGAAACCGACGCCCCCAGCGGGGAAACGAAACCGACGCCCCCAGCGGGGAAACGAAACCGACGCCCCCAGCGGGGAAACGAAACCAACGCCCCCAGCGGGGAAACGAAACCAACGCCCCCAGCGGGGAAACGAAACCAACGCCCCCAGCGGGGAAACGAAACCAACGCCCCCAGCGGGGAAACGAAACCAACGCCCCCAGCGGGGAAACGAAACCAACGCCCCCAGCGGGGAAACGAAACCAACGCCCCCAGCGGGGAAACGAAACCAACGCCCCCAGCGGGGAAACGAAACCAACGCCCCCAGCGGGGAAACGAAACCAACGCCCCCAGCGGGGAAACGAAACCAACGCCCCCAGCGGGGAAACGAAACCAACGCCCCCAGCGGGGAAACGAAACCAACGCCCCCAGCGGGGAAACGAAACCAACGCCCCCAGCGGGGAAACGAAACCAACGCCCCCAGCGGGGAAACGAAACCAACGCCCCCAGCGGGGAAACGAAACCAACGCCCCCAGCGGGGAAACGAAACCAACGCCCCCAGCGGGGAAACGAAACCAACGCCCCCAGCGGGGAAACGAAACCAACGCCCCCAGCGGGGAAACGAAACCAACGCCCCCAGCGGGGAAACGAAACCAACGCCCCCAGCGGGGAAACGAAACCAACGCCCCCAGCGGGGAAACAAAACCAACGCCCCCAGCGGGGAAACGAAACCAACGCCCCCAGCGGGGAAACCAACGCCCCCAGCGGGGAAACUAACGCCCCCAGCGGGGAAACCAACGCCCCCAGCGGGGAAACCAACUGUAGAAAGUACUGAAUUGUGCCAGUCGCUGCUGUACUCUGGCAAACCAGUUGGUGAAGUAACAAUCAAAGAGCACCAAUUCAAUCUUGCACAGUAA